CUCAUCCUCAGGCAAUUCACAAUCAAAAAACCGCGGAUCAAAAUAUACCAGCUCCCCUCAGGAGGUUUCGCGUUUCAUCGGCACCCUUUCAGCGCCAGAUGAAUUCCAUGCAAAAUCUCGAAGCUCAAUACCAGCCGCAUUUAGCCUCACACAAAGGGCGUGCUGCAAAAUCAUUCGAUCCUUUCUUUAUCGCAUUACUUUAUGGACUCUCACCAUCCCCGUACGUUUUGCUAACACACUUCCAAGGUGCAUGGCUCGUGAAUGGCAAAAGGAUCUCCAUUUACCGCUGUGGUUCUUGAUGAUCGAAGGCGCGAUACCUCCUCCCUUUAACAAAUAGGAGCUCUCCAUGAGCGGGUGGCUUACAGGGAACAUGUCGGAUGUCAGCGAUGGAAGGAUGCACAGUUUUUCUCAAGAGACACGGAUAUUACCGGAUUCACCCUUGUUAGCAAAUCCGGCUACAUACCCCAGGAUACACCGUGCUUCCAUGCAGAAGAAGUGCACACGCAAGCUUUGAUUCCCCGAUAGGUACACCACCAUGUGUUGAAGCGUUUCAUCCUCAAAGUUCGAGGCACGGCGGAUCUCAACCCGAAGACAGUUUCAGAAGGGGAUGCGAAAUAUAUAAAUACCUCUAAUGGCUACCCUAUACGCCUUCCAUUGGCAAUAUCAUCCCACAACUUAUCCUCAGGUUUCGGUCACAUAUCCAUUGCAGGAUGCAUUUCACUUCUAGUUUGCUCGCCCUGGUGGCGCUAACCACUCAAGCUCUGGCCUUCCCUCUCAACGAUUUGCCUAAAAGAGACUCGGGUCUUGCUGUCAAGCUUUCUUCCAUUGGUAAUACCCGAGUGAAAGCAGUUAUCACCAACACUGCGGAUCAUGAGAUCUCGUUUCUAAAAUUUAAUACCUUUUUCGACUCCUCCGCAACUCGGAAGGUUAGCAUAGCUAAGGAUGGGUCGGUGGUCCCUUUUAACGGACUCUAUCGCUACUACAAUGCUGCAAAACUUCCUAAGGAAGCUUUCAAGACAUUGGCCCCAGGUGCCAGUGCUGAAGCCACAUUCGACAUUGCGGAGACAUCUGAUCUCUCCGCCGGAGGUUCUUUCAGCGUAUUCUCUGACGGCAUGAUCCCCGUUGCGGACGGCAGCGGAACCACUCUUACGGGGGCUAUCAAGUACUCCACCAACGAACUGAAAAUGAAUGUGGAUGGUGCGCUAGCAGCUAAAGUACAAAGUGCCAUCCCAAAACUUGAAAAGCGCACCAGAAUCGACCCCGACUGCCCUGGAGAAUAUCGCAAUGUCUUAACACAGGGCCUCCAGACUGCUGCUGGAUAUGCCAGUCGGGCAGCUGAGGCCGCGACAAAUGGUGACCAGCUUGAAGAGUUCUUCAAGACAACUGACCAGCAGACCGCCCAAAACAUUGCGCAGCGCUUCCAGGCUAUUGCCCAGGAGUGUGGCUCCGACUCGCAAGGAAGCACCACUUAUUUCUGCGACGAUCGCUUCAACGGUUGUGAACAGGGUGUCAUCGCCUACACAAUUCCCGCUCAGAGUGUCGUUGUCAACUGUCCAGCUUACUGGGAGCUUCCACCCGUCGUAAACCAAGGCCUCGACCCCGAUCAUGGAUAUGUUGUUGUUCACGAAUUUACCCAUGCUACUAGCAUCUUCAGCCCUGGUACUCAGGAUCACGCGUACGGCUAUGAGAACUGCAUCCGUCUCAGCCCCGAGCAAUGCAUUAGCAAUGCUGAUAACUACUCGCUCUACGCGGCCUCUGUCUCCCGUGGCGGAUAA